AAGGCCAUCGAUGAAAACAUGCUAUUCCAAGAUAUGCCUUCCGCAGCCCUGGAGGUCAUCAUCGAUUCGAUGCACUCAGUGGAAGUCCCCGCGGGCACGGAUAUCAUCCGGCAAGGGGAUCGAGACGCGUCGCAGUUUUACGUGUUAGAGGCGGGCGUGUGUGAGGUGUGGGUGCGGAGCGGCAACGCGCAAACUGCCAAAAAAGUGCACGUGUACAGCGCCGGUAGCAGUUUCGGAGAAUUGGCGUUGCUGUACUCGGCGCCGCGGGCGGCCACCGUGAAGGCUACCACACGAUGUGUCCUGUGGGUGAUGGAGCGCAGUGUCUAUAACGCCGUGAAGCGCAACUUCACCCACGAACAAUUCGUCGCACGUCACAAUUUGCUCGACACGGCCUUGAAGAAGGUGCCCUUGCUGAGUGCCCUUGACAACAACACCCGAUCCACCCUGGCAAAUGCGCUCCGCUCCGUUACCUUCAAAACGGGGGAGGAUGUCAUUCGGCAGGGGGACAUCGGCGACCGCUUCUACAUCGUAGAGAGGGGCGAGCUGGGUGUGUUCAAGGACCGGCAGGGACCCAUCAAGACGUACGGGGCAGGUGCCUACUUUGGUGAGCUGGCCCUGCUGCGCAAUGAGCCCCGGGCAGCGACCGUCCGCGCCGCCACCGACGUGUCCCUCUUAGAGCUCGACAGAGGCAAUUUCCACGAGCUGAUGGGCCCCUUGCUGCCUGUCAUGACCAAGGAAGCGGAGGCCUAC